GAAGUCUUGUUACGUCAUCACAUCGCGCAUAAAAAUAACUUCCGUGUCUGCUGUGUAAAUCCAAAACACUGCUGGUUUGGACGAAAAACGGCAAAAUGUCGGAUUUUUUACUGCCACAAACAGACGAAGAUCGAUUAAAAUGUUUACAGGAGCUCACGGAGUUCACGGAAAAGUGCAAAAAAGAGCUGCACGACAUUUUUGAGACGCUGGGAUGGUCGCCGGAUUACUCAGCCUCCAGCCAGGAACCAUUGGAGCAGUGUCCCUAUGACCCUGACCACAGAGUUCCAGCAAAGUCUAUGGAGAGACACAAGGCAUCCUGCAGGCUGAGUAAAAUGGGUUACUCUGCUGAGGAGCAGGCAGAGAUGUACGAUCCAUCUGUUUGUUAUGAGAACAGCUCUAUCAAAACCUUUUUAAUGGACAAAGCCACCCAACACCAGGUGAUCCUUCAGGCAAGAUCUGCAGCGCCUCUGAUGAAGAUGGAAGGAGUUUUCUGGCAAGGUCAGUACUCCGGUGAACCCGUUGACGUUCCUCAGAACCACAAGCGAGCCGUGUGCGAUCUCACAGUCGCUGAUCGAUUGGCUCUUUACGAUCACGUGGUCAGCGCCCUCGGCCAGCAGAAGGAAGGCAGCAAAGACGAUCUCUACGUAGAUUUGGUGUCCAAACUCCAGAAAGAUGAUGAACAAAAUGAGCCAAAGAGUCACCUGGAGCUCAUAGCAGAGAUGAGGGACUACAAGCGGCGGCGUCAGUCCUACCGAGCCAAGAAUGUUCACAUCACCAAGAAGUCCUACACUGAGGUGAUCAGAGAAGUGAUCAAUGUCCAUUCAGAGGAACUGGCCCGUCAGUGGAAAGAGGAAGAAGAGGAGCCACAGAGAUCUGAGCCCUCCUCCCACAGCCGGCGGUUGGAUAGAAGGCGGUCGGCAUCCGCAGAGUCCCGUCACUCACACGGAAGACGUCAUCGCAGCCGGGAGAGAAGUCACGACAAGGACAGCAAGAAGAAGAAAAAGAAAAAGAAGGAGAGGGAUUCCCGCUCUCCAGAGGAUCAUCAUCAUCAUCACGACCAGAAGAAGAAGAAGAAAAAGAAGAAAGAUGACAGAGAGAAAGAAAAGUGCUGAACUGUGUCAUUCAGAUCAAAUUAAACUUUAUUCUGAUCAGAUGUAACAUGUGACUUCAUUUCAAGUUGACAGGGUGAAGUGAUGUAAACUGUAAUAAAGCUUUUGGAAUAAACAUCAGAAAACAUGUUGA